AAUUCUACCACUGUACCAGUGAAUAUUAUUACUUCAAUAUUAUUUAUUAGUGCAGUAAUUGCCAAGACAGAAGACUGCAGUACGAACUCGUACUCGUAGCAGCAGCAAUGUCAAGAAGAGCAGGCAGCGUAGCAAAAGCAGUCACAACAACGCAGACGCAAUAACAUUUUCAGCAGCCGUUCAUCUCAGAGGGGAUGCAGCGCCAAACUGCGAGGGUGAGGUGGUAACUCUCACAACCAAUGCCUCCGCAGGUUCAUCGUUUAGCUACCCCACAGCUGAGUGCCAUACUGGUCAUGACGUAACUACAGAAACAGGAAAACUUGCCGGGGAGCUGAGCGAAAGUCAAGAACUUUAUACCUGUGCAUGGCCAUGAUCCCAUGUACAAACAGCCCCAGAGAGUACCCAUGCGUGCUGGCAGCUUACUCAUCUGGGACCAGCGUGUGGCGCACGGCAGUCGGCCCAACAACAGCACGCGAGCAAGGUAUGUUCAAUUUGUAAAGAUGUUCCCAUCCAUCAACCUCCGCUCAGAACGAGCUAAGAAUCGUGGACAGCUUAUCAAGGACAAGGUUGAACUAGCUGGUGUCGACUUGACUGACCUGGGCAAGAAGCUGUUUGCCCUCAAGGCAUGGGCAUCCGCGCACACGAAGGUGCCCCGCGCCAAGGCUAAGAAAAAGACAUACUGUAAAACGACAAACUUUCGCGGCGGCUAAAUUUAGCGUUUUGGAAAACUGGACCAGUUAGCGGCGAUUAAUUUUAGCGAUUUUUACCUUCCACCGAAAAUCAAAGAAUUAUAUUUUACGAAGCCUCGGAGUGCUGGGCGCAGAGUGCAUGAAGAAUGAGAGAAGAAAUCAAAGAAUGAAAGAAGGAAUCAAGGAAUGUAAGAAGGAAUCAAGGCAUCAAAGAGAACCAUAAGGUAAGUACUAGUACUGAGAGAAAGGAUGGCACGUUCGAAGAGGGAUCAUUGGAAGACUUUCUCUUCGAACUGCUGAGCCACUGCGAUACUCAUCGCGAUAAAAUUCAGAAGACAUCUUCGAGCAGUACAACACUAAAAUCUACGCAACAGCAAGCUGGCCAAACGCUCCAAGAAGUUCAACAACACUCUCCACAACACUGAGACAUUCUCCAGUCGAUCGUUUUAUUCUCCUCUGGUUCAAGUCGCCGUACUCCAACGACAACUAAUGUUUGUUAGGGUUGGUUCACAUAAGCAAAAUCGGCGCCGCAAGACAUCGGCGGUGAGCCAGCUCCCGAUCCGUUGCGCAUACGGUUCGAGUACCAAAUCUACUACAAAGUAGUACAGAAUGUGCCCAAAUGCUACGACAGGUUUGCCAAUUGAAGCUUGAAUUCUUUGUUUCUUCAGUAGUUCAAGGUCUUUCGGUGAUGGCCACUCGGUGCUACUUUUACUGGAGAUCAUGAAAAUACUUCUACACAUUUUAUUGCAGUCUAGUAAGCGAUUGUGUCGAAAUUAUGCUUGCAAACGUUGGUGAAGUCACAAGAACUUGCCAAUGUAUCCAUCAUAUUUUCUAUUUGUUUCAAUUGUAUUUGUCUCAGAAGUUGCACAAUGGUCAAGCAGAUCAUCCGAGAAGGACGGGCUGGUAUGCUGACUUAUUUGCCACCUUGAAGCGACUACAAGAAUGGCGAACGGACCUCCUCUCUAGCUUCAAUUGAGGAAAAUUUAGGACAAGUGUUGGUUUGAUAUUUUGACAAAGUCUGGCUCCCGGCAGCCGGCGAUCACCGGCGCGAACGGUUCACAAACCACUUUUGGUCAAAAUUGUACGGGAUCGGCGCCGGGGCAGAUCGCAAGAGUUGGGCACUGUCCAACUUUGCCGGCGGUCCCUUGCGAUAUUUUACCGUGUGAUUUUGUUACGACUGCACUGGUUCACAUAAUCGCAAUGCGCCGGGAGAGGUUGCAAUAAGCCCACCGCCGGUGACUCCCGGCGCGUACCGGCGAUAUGUGAACCAACCCUUACUUGCAAGACUGGUGUUGGUACGUAACCCGUCAUUGCAACAGCUGCGCUCUUUGGUUGGACAUAGCCGGCCGUGCAAGCAUCGAUCAGCGCUGUGAAUGUACAGUCAGUGCAGUGAGUGAUACAUGCGCGCGCACGUAGACCUACUCGUACUGUAAAAAUCUGUUGCAAAACGAUCGAUCAUCGACGCAUCGAUCGCGUAGUACAAAUUUCAUAUUCGCGUGUCAAACUUUCGCGAUUCGACCCUGCUCGCGAAAGUCGCGAAAGUUAAUCGCUCGCGAAAGUUUGUCGUUUUACAGUAGACUACGUGUUCGCAUGGCUCUUUGUACAUUCACAGUUGAGUGCCUCGUUUUAUGUGUGUAUGUUUAAAUCAUGUACACCCUCUGAUGGGAGUAUGAUAAUGUAGUCAUCUAGGAUGGCUGGACUGUCCCUAGUGUUCCAAGUGCAUAUUGACGCUAACCUCCAAUGUUAUAUCCAGCAAGUAUCAGAUCUGCACUAUCGCACAUAGAACUGGUGUAUAUUUCUUUACUGUGUUGACUCACUACCCUACUAGCCACAGUCAUAUUUAUAUCAACAAUAACGUGGGCACCGCAUUAUUUUUUGUUUAGGAGCUGUUGGUAUGCCGGUAGCAUGGGUCACGCUAGUGCAAAAUAGGCUAGACUACAUGCAGCCAAGAACCAGGCACUAUUCCAUCCAAGAAGUAGUGGGAGUAGCUAUCCUGAUGCCUUGCAACAUGUCCAAACCACUUCAACUUGAUGCUUGGUAACGAGAGAGCUUGGAAGCUCAGGGCCCUACGCUAUGCUUUUUUGCCUUGAUGACCGAGACAAAAAAAAGCAUAGGGAUGUCAUAAAUUCUUAUAAGUUUCUACUUUUUGUUUUUAGACAUAUUAAACCUGGGAUUCGAACCCGCACUAUCGCCCUGCAUGCAUCCCCCGAUACACUUCGCAUACAUACUAAUUCUUCCAAGUUGCUUCACGUUAUGAUCUUGUAUUUGAAAGCCCUAUUGGAAUAUGCA